AUGACUAGCAGAAGUAGUCAGUCUGAAUAUGAAUCAUCGGUUCAAUCAAGCGAUAUUUCGGAUCGUACGUUGUCUUCGAAAAAAUCGCAUAAAUAUGAAACCAUUGCUUCCUCUGAUAGAGGGUCUAAACAAGCGUCUAGGCAAUAUGAGAGAAGUGGUGAUGGGGAAAAAGUGAGAGAGAGGGAAGGGGGGAGAGAGAGAAGUAGAAGAAAGGAAAAAGAGAGAGAAGAGGAAGAGAGGAGUAGAAGAAAGGAAAGAGAGAGAGAAGAGGAAAAGAGGAGUAGAAGAAAGGAAAAAGAGAGAAAAGAAGAUAGUCGGAGAAGAGACAAAUCUAAUGACAGAUACACGUCCAGCAUUGCAGGGAAAUCGGUUGAUUCAUUGGAUACGUUGGGUCCGUCUGAUAGUAUUAGUAAUGUCGGUCGCACACCGUCAUCAAGCGUAGCUCCCAAUUCGACUUCAACUUCAACGCCUCUUCCCACUCGUUCUCAUGUACACACUGGAUGUGAAGUAGCGGAUCCCAGAAAGGGUGGUCGAAGAGCAAAUGAGAGCGAUGUCGAAUUCAAACGUGGCACUAGAACCUCGCGUUCUGGGCGAUCGGAGGCACCAACAUCAUCAAGCGACGAUUCCGAUUCAACUGUGACGCCACUCCCCCCUCGUUCUCGUGUAUCCACUAUCUCCAAAUCGACGGAUCGCAAGAGUGAUAGCGGAAAAGGAAAGAAGCGCGAGGUCGAAUUUAAUCACAGUGCCAGAAAACAAGACUCUGGGAAUUCAGUGGCUCCGUCUAUUAUCAGUAAUGCCAGUUCCCGCGCACCAUCAUCGAGCGUAGCUCCCGAUCCAAAACUAGCGCCAAGUUCGAAUGGUUCUGAAGUAUCCAUUGGGCCAAUGGAAACUGUAUUAGCGGAUCGCAGAGCGAAUAGCGAUAUCAGAUCCGAUUACAAUGCUGGCACACGAGUAUUCUCUAAUCAUGGUUCUAACGUUUCUGGAGCUACCGCGAAGCAAAGGUUUAUGAUUCCUGUACAAUUACCUCAAAGCGGAACUAGUAAAGACUCAGAUCCGAGUGAAUCUACAUCUCAUGGAGCACCAGUUAAUUUGAUACCCAGAAAUAUCACUUAUAGUCAGCCUCUUGUACUACAGCCACACCCGCACUUCAAAAGCGCUUCGUCUUCAAAGCCACCUGCACGACGGGGAUAG